UGUGUUCUGCGCUUGAGAGAAAGAAGAAAAGUGGGGGUAGAGAAGUGUGGUUGUCCGUUUCCUGUGAGUUGUGUGCACAUCACACAUCGCAGAAGAGAGAAGAGAAACUUCCUUGACACUCUUGAGUUUGGUAUUCUGACAGUUGAGCGGCGAGAACGGGUACUUAAAUGCCACACACAACCUUUUUUGACAGACCGGAGGACAUUUAGCAGGGAAAUAUGAGCCGAGGAUCCAAAACUAAAACGGAGAGCGCCCACAGCCCUCUGCUGAGCCUACAGGAGAAUGAGAGGGUAGAGGAGCUGCUGGGCAGAAGGUGUGCUUCCAUGGCCACCGCAGUAGCACAGCUCUUCAUGGCCCUGCCUCACAGUCCAUCCAAUUGGAGUCUGCAGCACACUGGAGUGGUCUGCUUUGUCAAGGACAACCCUCAGCGCUCCUAUUUCAUACGGAUGUUUGACGUAAAGGCAGGGAAGCAGGUGUGGGAGCAGGAACUCUACAACCAAAUUGUUUACUCUGCUCCUCUGCCAUACUUUCAUACUUUUGUUGCAGAUGAAUGUCAAGUGGGGCUGAACUUCGCUGACAGUCAGGAAGCUCAAGCCUUUCAAAAUGCAGUGGAGGAAAAAAUUAACCAAAGAAACAACCGUCAAGAGAGGAAACAGCGACCUCUGCCGUCUAAUGACAGAAGUGUCCUAUCGCCCCCACCACAUGGCAAAGCGUCUGUUAGCCCUGUUUCCCCCUCCAUGGCCACAAUUGACAUCCAGAACCCAGACAUCCAGCCCUCCCGCUACCGCACCGUGUUGUCGCCAGGGAGUUCAGCUGUGAGCAACAAGGGAAAGAAGGACAAGAAGAGCAAGAAAAAGGGCCCCAAGCUCUCCAAAGCAGACAUAGGGGCACCGAGUGGUUUUAAGCAUGUUACUCAUGUUGGUUGGGACCCCAACAACCUCGACCCCGAUCUGCUGAAGCUGCUGUCCUGCGCCGGGAUCGGUGAAGCUGAGAUGAGGGAUGAGGAGACCUCCCAGCUCAUCUACAACAUCAUCGAGCAGUCUGGAGGCAUGGAGGCGGUCAAAAAGGAAGUGAACAGAGGAGUUGGUGCACCUCCACAGCCUCCUCCUAGUAGACUAGGUCCUCUUCCACCUGUGCCUGGCCCUGCCUCCUCUGCUCCUGCCCCUCCGCCUUCACGAGGAGGCCGCUCGGGUCCCCUGCCCCCUGUCCCUGGGCAGCCACAGCAAGGGAGCCCCUCACGCCCACCUCCAGCACGUGGACCCCUUCCUCCACCUCCCUCAAAUCGUGGCGGACCUCCCCCACCACCGCCGCCACACUCUGGGCCCUCUCCUCCCUCUAAGUCCUCUAUAUUACCACCACCACCCCCAGUGUCCUCCCACGCACCUCCUCCCCCUCCUCCACCUGCCUCUGGUCCUCAGCGCUCUGCGGCCACACUACCUACCCCUCCCGCUGCCAGCAGGGGAGGCCCUGCACCUCCACCUCCUCCCCCUCCACCUCCUCCUCCUCCACCUCCCAUCUCAGACAUCCCUCAAGCUCCACCCUCUUGCCCGACAACACCCAGUCCUUUAUCCCAUGGAGGUGGGGGAGGAGGUGGAGAUGGGAGAGGGGCCCUGCUAGAUCAGAUACGACUGGGGAAGAAGCUCAGAAAUGUGACAGAAUGUCCUGAUCCAUCUCCACCUCCACAGUCAGAGGCAGGGGAGGGCAUCGUAGGAGCGCUGAUGAUGGUCAUGCAGAAGAGGAGUAAAGUCAUCCAUUCCUCUGAUGAAGGUGAAGAUGACGGUGGAGAUGAUGACGAUGACGACGAUGAAUGGGACGACUGAGAGUUUUUGCCUGUGUGGGUUUUCUUUGUGUGACAUUGAACUUGACUUGACUGUGGUUGUUAGUUGCCAGCCGCUAAAUCUCAGCUGCGGUUGAUUUGGGAUUUGUGAUUCACUGCCGUCUGGAGUAUGACGUGUAUAUGCUGAAAACUGUGUGAUGAUU